AUAAUUAAAAAACUUAUUUCUAUGAAAGGUUUCGAAAUUAUUUCAAACAAUACUUGUUUUGCUGCGCGAAGAAGGACGUGAAUCAAUACUCGUCGCAACAGAGGAACGGCUACUGCACUAACAACACCAGGAGUCCGACCACAAGAUAUGAUUUGAUACAAAUGUCCAAUAAUUUCAAUUGUAAUAUCACUUCAAUACUUAUGAAGAGAGGUUCCGUCUCUACGAACAACGCGAGGGAAACGCGAGCCUAAACUCAUUUUAUACAUUACAUACACUAUUGUACACAAUAUUUCAUUUCAAUUUAUCAAAACACA